CGGAGGGGCAGCCUUGAAAGCACCUACUCGCGAGGGAGCAUGGCUUCGCGGCGCAUCUCGAGGCCACCGCGCGCCUAACUCGCCGAGGGCAAGCGUUCGCCGAGGGCGCAUCGCUCUCCCGGCGCGCCGGGCAAGAGGGCAGCCCCGCCCAGGUCGGUCGCCCGGCGGGGGCGACCAUGGCGCCGGCCGGGAACCUCAUCGCCGCCCGCAGCGGCCGGGGCCUCUUCCGCACGGGCAGCUCGGCGCGCGGCCUCCCGACGUCGCCCCUCGCGCGGUCGGGCAGCCUGCCGCACCUGAGCUGGGCCUUCAAAAAGGGGCAGUCCAAGGUCCACCCCGACGACGAGGCGAAGGACGGGGACGACGACGUCGGGCUGCUGCGCAUGCACCUCGGGAGUUCGCUGAACGUGCGACUGGAAAAGUGGCACGAGCGGACCGAGCGGCACAAGCGGAAGACCGUCGAGGGCUGGAUCCUGCGCCAGCAGGGUUUGUUGACCAUGCUGUUCACCUUUUUUGUGUUUACGCCGGCCUGGGCCAUCGUCUUUAACAAGAUCGAGGGCUGGGCGGCCUGGGACGCGUACAUUUAUGUGUUCACGGUCAUCACGACGAUCGGGUAUGGGAACUUCUCUCCAGCAAAACCGGCGGGCAUGUACGCGACGAUCUUCAUGGGCCUCACGGGAAUUCCAUUGAUGUGCUACGCGCUCGCCUGGAUCGGCACGGCGUCGCAGCGCUGCUCGCACCUCAUCCUUAAAAAAAUCAGAAAAAGCCUGGGCUUCAAGGCCAAGCCCUCGAAGAUGCAGGAGAUCUACUUUUCGGUGUUUCUCUUCAUGGCGCACUUCGCGCACUGCGUCAUUGUCUUCUGCGUCAUGGAGGCCUGGACGAUCACGACGUCGUGCUACUACACGUUCGUGACGCUGUCGACGAUCGGGCUGGGCGACGAGAUCGCCCUCUACUACAAGCCCGGCGGCCGGCCGGCGAAGUGGCGCUGCUUAACCGGAGACGCCGUAGCACCCUACGCCGACGCCGAUUUUUAUUGGCAGCGGUCGGGCGUGCGGCCCGAGCUGCGGCGGCGGCGAUUGGAGAAAUUCGGCUGGUACCACUUCUGGUACGUGCUCGCGGUAUUUUGCGGCUUGGCCGUCGUCUCGCAAUUGUUCACGCUCAUCGUACAGUGGAUUCAUUGUAUUGACGACUCCUUCGACCGGGAAUUUAGCCACAUGGCCGGAAAGGUAAGGCAAUUAGCCAAGCACGGCCGCGCGGCCUCGAAGAACAUCGCGAAGCACGUGCCGCACAUGCGGUGCCGGCACCGCGACCGGAGCCGCGACGACCACCGGCACGAGAAGAUGAUGGAAAAAUCCAAAAUGGUCGAGCCGGCCUCGGACCUGCUCGUGCUGUUGAGAAUAAGGAGACAGCUCCUCGCGGCGGCCUACGUCGCCGGCGGCGACGACUGGUACCACGUCCUCAAGAAGAUCGACGCGAACGGCGACGGCAAAAUCACGCGCGACGAGCUCGCCACGUGGAUCCGGUCCGUGCUGCCGGCGGCCCAGGCCGCGGACAAGUACAUCACCGCGCUCUUCGACCUCGCCGACCACGACCAGAGCGGCGACCUCUCCGUCGAGGAGCUCGCCUGGCUCUUGGAUUCCGUUCAGGACCACCACCACCACGACCACCAUGCGCCGCACGCUGCGGCGCCAGCACCAAAUUCACCUUAAGUAUUAUUUCAAUA